AUGAAUAUCUCUAUCGAAGACUUUAAUGAUGAAGUUGCUAUUCAAAAUUUGUUUGUGGCUCUGGAAUCAGAGUCGUCCGAGGACGAUGAUUACAAUGAGAUUGACGACGAUGAAGAAGAAACGUAUGUGAGAAGAAAACCACUCGGCAAUGCUCACACACGAUCGGAAAAGACGGAUGCAUUGCUGGUGAACAUUGCUGGUAUGGAUACCACAUUUUACAAUCACGUAGUGAAGGCGGCCAAAAAGGGCUCAACGACGGUGACAGCCUUCUACUCGGGCAAAAAAGUAGACGCUGGUGGAGUAAUGAGCUUACGCGCUAUAGGAGAAUACAAUGCGUAA